UCUAGUGCCAAGACUAAAACGAAUUUAACACGUGAUGAGGAGCAGCUUGAUAAAUGGGACCUGUGAGCGAAGAGACCAGAGAUAAAGCACAAGGCAGUCAGGAGAGAGAUGCUGUGUGCUGAGACCUGGGAUGAGCACAGGGGCAAAUACAUCCAUCAGAACACAAAUAGAACGUUGGGAAGGGGAGAGAGGACAUCAGGAGUUCUAGGCAAAAGCCAAUUUUAAAAGAAAGCACAGCAUCUCCAUCAGUAGCUCAAAGUGCUGGGGAUGCUUGUAAGAGGAUCUGGAGAAGAUCACGUCUCUCUAUCACAGACUUGCUCACUUGAUUAUCAGCCAACAAGAUCUGCAAAGGAAAUAGAUGAAUUGGAGACAGAUAGACUCCUAUUUGCACAGUAAUCCCUGUGGACAUCAUCUGCUGUCGCCACCAAGUGAGUUGUGAAGGUGAUAUUGAAUGUGGAGUUACACGGGCUGACUGCAUCCUAUCUGAUAGUAGCAAAUAGCCAUGCUCCCAGCCUAGACAGCUUGUAACUUGGAAGCUCUGCUAAGGGCGCUGGCCUCCCUCACUGCCUGUUGGGGGCAGCAUUUCAGCACCACGGUUCUGUGGACAGCGACUCUGGGCAGCGCUCACUCCAGUCUACCAUCUCAAGUUCACCGGAGACCAACCUGACUGCUGCAGAAACGUCUGUAGUGAAGUACACCCCGGAGAGGGAGCUCACACGGUGGCAUGUAAAAAAAAGGGGGUUUUCUCCUUUGAUUCCACUGGAAUUAUUAAUCCAAACCAGCCGGGGUGAUGAAGUCCAUACUGGAUGGUCUUGCAGACACUACCUUCCGAACAAUUACCACUGACCUCCUUUACAUGGGGUCUAAUGAAGUUCAGUAUGAAGACACGAAGAGUGAUAUGUCCAAAUUGGGAUACUUCCCACAGAAGUUGCCUUUGUCCUCUCUGAGAGGAAAUCCCUUCCAAGAAAAAAUGACUAUAGUAGACGAUCCUCUGUUAAGUAUCAUUCCACUGGAUCAGUUAAAUGCAACUGAAUUUUACAACAAGUCAAUAACUUCUUUUAAAGACAAUGAGAACAGUAUACAAUGUGGAAAAAACUUCAUGGACAUGGAGUGCUUUAUGAUUCUCACCCCAAGUCAACAGCUAGUUAUAGCAGCUCUCUCAAUAACCCUUGGUACUUUUACUGUCCUGGAGAACAUGCUAGUCCUGUGUGUCAUCUUGCACUCCCGUAGUCUAAGAUGUAGGCCAUCCUACCAUUUUAUUGGCAGCUUGGCAGUGGCUGAUUUACUUGGCAGUGUCAUUUUUGUUUACAGUUUUGUUGAUUUUCAUGUUUUUCAUCGAAAAGACAGUCCAAAUGUUUUUUUAUUUAAACUGGGGGGUGUGACAGCCUCCUUUACUGCCUCAGUUGGCAGUCUCUUCUUAACUGCAAUAGACAGGUACAUCUCAAUUCACAGGCCUAUGUCGUAUAAGCGAAUAGUCACCCGGACAAAAGCUGUCAUUGCAUUUUGUGUAAUGUGGACCAUAGCUAUUGUGAUUGCUGUGCUUCCUCUGCUAGGCUGGAAUUGCAAGAAACUUAAUUCUGUAUGCUCAGAUAUUUUCCCACUGAUCGAUGAAACCUAUCUGAUGUUUUGGAUUGGGGUAACCAGUGUUCUUUUGUUAUUCAUAGUGUAUGCAUAUAUGUAUAUAUUAUGGAAAGCUCACAACCAUGCUGUGAGAAUGAUACAACGAGGCACUCAAAAAAGCAUUAUAGUUCACACAUCAGAAGAUGGCAAAGUUCACAUUACUAGACCGGAUCAGACUCGUAUGGAUAUUAGGUUAGCCAAGACCCUUGUCCUCAUUUUAGUGGUGUUAAUCAUAUGCUGGGGUCCACUCAUUGCAAUUAUGGUGUAUGAUGUCUUUGGAGAGAUGAACAAGACCAUACAGACAGUGUUUGCCUUCUGCAGUGUGCUUUGCUUGCUUAACUCAACUGUGAAUCCCAUCAUCUAUGCUCUUCGAAGCAAAGACUUGAGAAAUGCUUUCUGUAGCAUGUUUCCUUCAUGCCAAGGGACUGCACAACCACUUGAUAACAGCUUGGAGUCUGACUGCCAGAACAGACAUGCAAACAAUAGUAAUGUCCAUAGGGCAGCCGAGAGCUGCAUUAAAAGCACUGUUAAAAUUGCCAAAGUAACCAUGUCUGUGUCUACAGAUACAUCAGCAGAGGCUCUCUAAGUCCAUAGUAUUGGCAGUGAAGAAAAAAAAAUUAAAGAGCCCAUCCCAUUAACAUUUAGUAAUCUUCUUCACCAAAAGAGAAACCUCAGUCUGUAUCUCUACUAAUCAAAUUAAUUUAAAUUAAUGUAAACAAGUGGGAUUAUGUAAAAAAACAAAUAUCCUGUGACAACCCCUAAUUUUGAAAGAAAAGUAUUAAGAACACUUGUUUUA